AGAAGACAAACAAAACAAAAAGAAAAAAAAACACACACACACACAGUCAGACAAGAGCGCUCACGGAAAACCGAGGAACAGUUUCGUCCCUUAACGUCGCCCUGCGUUGAACCGUAUGACCGCGUGAAGACACGAGGUACGUCAACUAUGGAUACGACUAUUGAGGCCUCCCAGAGCGGGGGCCUGGCUACAAAGCCAUCUCCUCCUCCCAAACCCAGUCUCGCUCCCAAACCAUUCUCUCUGCAAAAAAACAGCACAAUUCGCUCCAUCAAAGCUCCAAAGACUGUUUCCAAAACUGCUCAUACACCUAACUCAGAAACAAGUCAGACCAAAAAAUUAGAGACAAAAAGUUUCCCGACCACCACUGUAACUACCCCAGCUGAAAAACUGCCUCAACCCAUCAGUUCUCCAGAGACUACCCUCAAAACUGAUCCCACACCUAAUCCAGAAGCAACAGAGAUCAAAAAAUCUGAGACAAAAAGUCCCCGGACCACCGCCGUGACCAUACCUACUGAGGAACUGUCUCAACUUAUCAGUUCUUCAGAGACUGCUCUCAAAACUGCUCCUACAGCUGAGCCAAAAACGAGUCAGACCGAAAAAUCAGAGACAAAAAGUUCCCCGACCACCACUGUAACUACCCCAGCUGAAAAACUGCCUCAACCCAUCAGUUCUCCAGAGACUACCCUCAAAACUGAUCCCACACCUAAUCCAGAAGCAACAGAGAUCAAAAAAUCUGAGACAAAAAGUCCCCGGACCACCGCCGUGACCAUACCUACUGAGGAACUGUCUCAACUUAUCAGUUCUUCAGAGACUGCUCUCAAAACUGCUCCUACAGCUGAGCCAAAAACGAGUCAGACCGAAAAAUCAGAGACAAAAAGUUCCCCGACCACCACUGUAACUACCCCAGCUGAAAAACUGCCUCAACCCAUCAGUUCUCCAGAGACUGUCCUCAAAACUGAUCCUACACCUAAUCCAGAAGCAACUCAGACCAAGAAAUCAGAGUCAAGAAGUCCCCGGACCACUGCAGUGAUCUUCCCUACUAAGGAACUGUCUCAACCCAUCAGUUCUUCAGAGACUGCUCCCAAAACAGCCCCUACACUUAACUCUGAAACAAAUCAGAUUGAGCAAUCAGAGACAGAAAAUCCUUCUGCUGUGACCAUCCCUGCUAAAAAACGACCUCAACCCACCUCAACCUCAACUCCAAAACCACAGUCUGCAAGUGUGCUGCCUAAAUCUCAACCAGAAGCAUCGAAAACAAAUGAAACACUUCAACAAAUUGAGAACAGUCUUGGUGCUGAGACAGCUGCUCUGGAUCCAGCCACUGAAACAGCUCCAACUAAAGAGGAACCUAAGUCAGAGCCAGCGCAGGAAGACAUCAUCCAAACAAGCCACGAACCCCCCACCAUUGCUGUUGCCAGCUCAGAGCGGAAAGAUGGAGAGGAGAAGCAAAGUGACGCUCCAGUUUCUGUCAGCCAAAAUAUAGAAGAGCCAAGCAGCAAUGGUUCCACCACAAACGACUCAUUUUACCAGCGGGGAAGCGUGAGGAAGCGCCUGCCUAAGGCACUCACCUCAAAGUUCGAGUCAGGUGGGAUCCCUUUGCCCCGUCAGUCUUUCAGGGCCAUUCCCAAACCCAUCACCAAAGACGAAUCCAAUAAACCAGAAUCUUCUGACGCGCAGCAUGUUCACACAACACCAGAGCCUCUUAUCAAAGAGAGUGAUACUGAUGCAGAGGAUUUUACCGGAGGGAACAGCAUUAAGAAGAGAAUCAGUCUCCUGUUUGACUCUGUGUCAAAGCCGGAGGUCACGACCAAGAGAGAGGAGCCAGAAAUAGUGAAUGGGAUCAGAGGUGUGAAGGAGCAGAUUAAAAACUGGGCGUCAGAAACAGGUCCAGAGGAUCAGAAGGUCGAGAAGAGUCCUCAGGCUGCAGACGGAGUUUGCUCCAAGGCGUUGAAGCCGGAAACACCAAGAGUGGAAGUUCCUGCAGCGGAAGAGACACCCACCCAGCCAGUGGACUCACGUUCAACAGUAUCCUCACCCACAGGGAGUGAAAUUGAACCACCAAAGGAGGAACCAUUCAAAGAUAAACCCUUUGGGAAUGCAACAGAGACUCCAGCAGAGACUGACAAGUCAAAGGAAGAUGAUGUCCAGGAUGUCCAGAGAGCGGAUGUCCAGAGCAGCCAGUUGGCUGCUUCUGAUGAGAAACACUUGGCCGAACUGAAGAGGAAGAAGAAGAAGAAUCGUCGCUCCGUUCGCUUUGGAACCGUGGUGGCAGACGACGGUACACCUCCAGUGGUGCUGGGCCCGGACCCUGAAUCCAGUGAAGAUGACAAACAAGAAGACAAUGCUCAGGUUGAAAGCAAGAAAAAAGGGGAGGACAGCGUUUCAAUGCCUGUCUACAGAAGAAUCGGCACACUCCAGAGGAAGAGCGACGAGACUCAAAGUCAAGAAACUCUGAUGCACCAGCAGACGGAGGAGGAGAGUGAACAUCCAAGAUCUAAGAUGGAAGAGGAGUUCAAACACAUGAAAGAUGAAGACGCAAGGGAGAAAGAGAAGGCAAGAGAUGAUGAAUUGGAGAGAAAACGGUUGGAGGAAGAAAGAAGAGAAACGGAAAUGGAGCUGCUGAGACAAAAACAGGUACAGGAGGAAAGACAGAGGGAAAGAGUGAGGCUGGAGGAAGAGCAGAGGAAAGAGGCAAGAAUGAGGGAAGAAAGAGAGAGACAGUGGCAGAAAGAUGAGGAGGAACGACUGAAAUUGGAAGAACACCAAAGACAGAAGGAAGAGGAGGAGAGAAAAAGAAAAGAACUUGAGGAGCAAAGACAGAAGGAACUGAAAGAUGAGGAGGAACGACUGAAAUUGGAAGAAGAUCAAAGACAGAAGGAAGAGGAGGAGAGAAGAAAAUAUGAGCAAAGAAGGAUGGAGCUGGAGAGGAUGAGAAAGGAGGAAGAGGAGAGACUCAGACAAGAAGAGCUGGAAAAAGAAAGGUUAAGACAGGAGCUGGAGAGGGAGCAAGUCAGAAGGCAGGAAGAGAAGGAGAGGAUGAGACAGGAGGAUGAGGAAAGAAAUAGGAGAGAGCUGGAGAGGAAGAUGCAGCAAGAAAAAGAGGAAGAGGAGGAGAGAAGAAAAUAUGAGCAAAGAAGGAUGGAGCUGGAGAGGAUGAGAAAGGAGGAAGAGGACAGACUCAGACAAGAAGAGCUGGAAAAAGAAAAGUUAAGACAGGAGCUGGAGAGGAAGAUGCAGCAAGAAAAAGAGGAAGAGGAGAGGAAGAGAAAAGAGGAAAUAAAGUUACAGAUGGAGAAAGAAAUGGCAGAAGAGCUGAAGAAAAAGAUGGAAGAGAGUCAGCCAAGAACAGCUGAGGAGCAAAACAAAAGAGAGGAAAAACUUAUCGAAUUUGAUGCAGAAGAGCCUCCAGCAUCCCCCUCAUCACACGUCUCAAAGAACACAGAGAGCCCCGUCGAUGUCGUUUAUGAUGACUUCUCGAUCCAGAACCCUGUGCUCGACGUAGACUUUGACGACUUUUCUGUCAAACCCAGGAGACGGACUUUCCAGCCAAGGCGGGAAACUGCUCCCAUCAGCAGCGACUGGAGAGUCGAACCUCUGAGGAAAGACAACCUCCUAGUGUCCUUCGACAGCAAACCUCUAGAAACUCAGCAAGAAAACGAACCAAAGCAACCAGAAACAAUGUUGGUUCCCACCCGGGUCCCAGAGAUCCCAGAGGAAGAGAAAGUUAAAAGGUUGCUGGCAGAGUUUGGUGUGAAGGAGGAGGGAGACGGAGAGGCAGAGAACCCGGUGGCAGACCAGCCUGUAGAGAUGAAGGAGGAGGAGGAGAUGGAAAAUGUGGCAGAAAUGAAAGACAAGGGUGAAGAAAAGGACAACAUAGAGGUUAACAGCCACAUCACAAAUGAUGAGGACAAACUCAUUCAGACUUUGUUGCGCAAUCAGCAGGAUGGGAUUUCUGAACAAACGUCCGGACCUGACAGUCCAACUCAUGUCCCAGACCCAGACCCAGUCCCUGAUGCCUCUGAAGAUCUGGAUAAUACUGAUUCUCAAAGAGAGAUGGAUUUAGACGCAGUCUGUGAGAACUCUGCCCCUCUGCUUGACAACAGCUCACAAAAAUCUAAAGUAGUUUUGGGAAGGAGGCUAACACGAACACGUCCAUCUCGCUCUCUCAGAUUAGAGUCGGCCGAAGCUGCCAGAGUACGAUUGAGUGUCUAUAAUGAUGAAAAAGACAAUCAGUCGGACUCAGAAGAGGAACCACAUAAGUCAAAGCCAGUUUAUUCUUCUCCGUCAUCUACUCAGAGGGUUGCCAUGUUUCCAGGUCUGAGCCCUGCAGAUCUACUUAGUGGACUAAAAAGGAAAACCGGUGGCGUGGCAGCUAAAGCUGAAGAGAGAUCAGCAGAAGACAGAGGAGAACAAGAGACUGAAAGUCAAAAUAAGAAAGUCGCUCCAUCGCAGGUCUCAGGAUCUCCUCGCCUGGCGGCUAAUCUCGUAGGAGCUAAACGAGUGCUGCCCCCUGCAGUCGGUAAAGAUGGAGGGCUUUGGCCUAAGAAGCGGACGACUCAGCAGAAUAGUGAAACUUAACCAGACAUAAGACACACGGCUUUCACACUCUUCAGCGGGAAUUGGAUAAUUUCAUCUCCUUACUGAUGGCAGAUAUAAUGACGUAAUGACGAUUGCUCCGCUCUGCACUCUGAGUGCCUUACUUUGGAUCUUUCCUGAGAGAGAAGAAAUUGUGCUUUUUUUUUCUGGACACAGAGGCAACAUUUACCUUUUAAAAAUGAAAUAUGGUGCCAUGGCUGUGCACAGAGGCUGUUGGAUGUUUCUGCCAAGUAAAUAUUUCUCCAAGCACUGUCUGAGAGCUCUGUGGAUGUUUGAGUGUACUUUAGAGCAAAGCCAUUCUGUGAAUGUGAAAUCCAUCACAGAGGAAAUGAUGGCACUACACCUCAUCAGUUUACUGAUUAUGCUUAUUAAAAUAAGGCACUUUUCAGUCUUUUUACAUAAUCUAACCUGUACUACUAACUGUCUUAACAGAAAAUCUACUACUAAAGCCAAUGCUUUAAAUGUUAAGGACCCCCUCAGAAGUCGUGUGGGUUCAGACAUAAAUCCUUACACUUACUAUAAACAUCCUCACACAAAAUAGAUUCUAAGACACAAAUAGCAAAAGCAUAGAAAUGUACAAAAUCACCAAGUGGAUGUGUGUUUUUUAGUUUAAGUUGCACAGAUUAUUGUUAUAUCCUAUCACAAUUCUUCUCAAGGAAAGUUUGAAGCACUUUAAUGAAAUAUUACCAUAAUUGCACCCAUGCAAUGAAAUUUGAGCAAUAGCAAAAUCAUGUUUGAAGUUAUUUUUUGCAGAGAAUUGAGUUUUUCUUGUGUUUUGUUACAACAUUGUCAGUUUCACCUUCUGUAGUUCCAUUCCUAUCUCUGGGGACAAUAACAGAUUCAGGAAGUGUGUAUGUUAUAUGUGUGUGUAUGUGUUCAGGUCUGUAAAACUUAGAAAACUAUUUGCCUUUUUAUUACUGGAAAAUUGUGACCAUUUUGGUGUUUAUAAUGUAUGUGUAAUGGAAAUUGAGGGAACUUUAAUAAAAGUUUUUCUUUUUUAUGAAAUA